GUCCCCCCCUCCCCCGCCCUGAUCCCGCGGCCAUUUGCCCCUCCCUCCCUCGAUCGCCGCCCGAUCAGAUCCCAACCCAUGGCGCUCCACCUCGUCCCCGCCCCAAACAUUGCCCUCCUCGCCGCGCCCUCUGCCGCCGGUGCCGCCACUGGCGUCCCGGGUGGUGUCAGAGUCAGAUCAGUGGCCCGGCCGUCGGCGUCUAGGGUUCGCGCCUCCGCCGCUUGGUGGACGGGCAGGAGGAGCGGGUGGAGGAGGAGGCUGGGCGUCGCCGUGGCGAUGGCGGGCGGGGAGACGGAGGACGAGCCCGAGGAAGCGGUGGCGACGGUCAGGAUGAACCUCAACGAGUACAUGGUCGCCGUCGACCGCCCUCUCGGCGUCCGCUUCGCGCUCGCCGUCAACGGGCGCGUCUUCGUGCACUCCCUCAAGAGAGGGGGGAAUGCGGAGAAGUCGCGGAUCAUCAUGGUCGGUGAUACGCUCAAGAAGGCAGGCCAGAGCGAGAGCCUUGUUAACAUCAAAGACCUAGGUGACACGGAGAUGGCGCUGAAGGAAAAGUCAGGACCAUGUAAUCUUGUACUUGAACGGCCAUUUGCUCCUUAUCCGAUACAUCAGUUGCAUCAAAAUGAAGAUUAUCAUAUCCUAUUUAACAGGGGGAGGGUUGCUCUUGCUACCUGGAAUAGUGCUCAAUUGUCCUCGAAACUGAACGAGUCUUCUCCAGGAAAUGGGAAUUCUGGAUUUGCUAUGUUUUGUCCUAGGCUGCUAAGUGCUCAAGGAUGGUCACUUUUAUCUCGUGAGAAAGAUGGAUUAAAUAGGAAGAGUACGAACCUUGCAAAUCGGAUAAGUGAGAUUGUUGGCUUAUACUCUGAUGAGGAUGAUCUAGAUGCUGAAUGGGCACAUGGUAGCUUUCCGUUGGAGGAGUACAUUAAAGCACUAGACCGUGCUAAAGGCGAACUGUACUAUAACCAUUCACUUGGUAUGCAAUACAGCAAGAUUACUGAACAAAUAUUUGUUGGAUCAUGCAUACAAACAGAAAAGGAUGUGAAGAUGUUAUCAGAGACUGUGGGUAUUACUGCUGUCCUGAAUUUCCAAAGUGAAAGUGAGCGCAUUAAUUGGGGAAUCAAUUCAGAGGCAAUCAACAGUUCUUGCCGUGAGAAUAACAUCUUGAUGAUUAACUACCCUAUACGAGAGGUUGAUUCCAUGGACCUGAGAAAGAAGCUUCCUUUUUGUGUUGGUCUUCUUUUGCGCCUUAUAAGGAAGAACUACCGUAUAUAUGUGACUUGUACCACUGGAUAUGAUAGAUCACCAGCAUGUGUAAUUGCAUAUCUACAUUGGGUUCAAGAUACACCUCUUCAUAUUGCUCACAAGUUCAUCACUGGUUUGCACUCAUGUAGACCUGACAGAGCGGCAAUCGUUUGGGCAACUUGGGAUCUCAUUCAAUUAGUUGAAAAUGGAAGACAUGAUGGCACUCCUACACAUUCAGUGUGCUUUGUUUGGAACAAUGGUCGGGAGGGUGAGGAGGUGGAAUUAAUCGGAGAUUUCACAAGUAACUGGAAAGACAAACUGAAGUGUAACCACCAGGGUGGGUCGAGACAUGAAGCUGAAGUUCGACUUCGACAUGGAAAGUACUAUUACAAGUUCAUAGUUGGGGGUCAGUGGAGGCACUCGACUUCAUUGCCAUCAGAGACAGAUGAACAUGGAAACGUCAACAAUGUGAUCAGAGUUGGUGACAUUGCCCGGAUUCGGCCAGCUCCCAGCCAACUGCAGAUAAGGGAUCCAACUGUUGUCAAGGUUAUAGAGAGGGCGCUGACCGAGGAUGAACGGUUCUCACUGGCCUUUGCGGCACGCCGCAUGGCAUUUGCUAUCUGCCCGAUCAGAUUGGCUCCCAAGCAAUAAACAUCUCAUCGAUACACAGCUGAACUGGCAAUGGAGAACCGGCAAUUCUGUAGUUACAUAAAACUCGUGGAUACAGAGAGAUCUUUCUUUACUGUAUGUCCUUUCAAAUCAAACUGCACACCAAUCAGUGGUUCAGCACAGUUUAUACCAUUUGUAAUUCUAUGAACUGUACCUGAAAUAAACUUCACUUUAGUCUA